ACAAUUAUCUAUUUGCUGACAAAUAUCGCGUACUUCGCUGUCUUAACGCCGGAUGAAGUGUUGACAUCCAAUGCGGUCGCCGCCACCUUUGGCGAGAAGAUUCUGGGAGUAUUCCAAUGGAUUAUGCCCUUAUCGGUGGCCCUCUCCGCCUUCGGUGGUCUCAACGGUGGAAUAUUUGCCUCUUCCCGACUAUUCUUCGUGGGCGCCCGCAGUGGUCACCUCCCGGGGAGUCUGGCUAUGAUUAAUCUGAAAUAUUUCACUCCAAUGCCUAGUCUUUGCAUAUUAUCGCUCCUGUAUUUGACGACAACUCAAGUGUUUGUUCUCAUAAAUUAUGCGGUAUUUACGGAAUCACUUGCCGUCACCUCCUCUGUGGCCGCUCUGAUAUAUCUGCGCGUAAAGCAGCCCAACUUAAUCCGGCCGAUCCGUGUGAGCAUCAUAUUGCCGGUGAUCUUCUUCAUCAUCUGUACAUUCCUCCUACUCUUGCCUUUCUAUGAAAGACCUUUCGAGACAGGGAUGGGAGCGCUCAUCACAUUGAGUGGCAUUCCUGAUCUUUUACACGAUGUGUUCAACGACUACUAUACUGUUCAAAACAAGAAGAUAAGUUUAUCAAUUAACUUCCGGUGCUCUAACGAUAACAAU